GCCAGCGCGGCAGGCCUCGGUCGCGCAAAGAUGGCGACUCCCAUGCAUCGCCUCAUAGCCCGGAGACAAGCUGAAGCAAAUAAGCAACAUGUCAGAUGUCAAAAAUGCUUGGAAUUCGGACAUUGGACAUACGAAUGCACAGGAAAAAGAAAAUACCUACACAGGCCUUCAAGAACAGCAGAACUGAAGAAAGCUUUAAAAGAAAAGGAAAACAGAUUAUUGCUACAACAAAGCAUCGGAGAAGCCAAUGUAGAAAGGAAGACCAAGAAAAAAAGGGCUAAGAGUGUAACCAGCUCCAGUAGCGACAGCAGCGACAGCUCAGCCAGCGAUUCCUCCUCCGACAGCGACACGUCUACCUCGUCCUCCUCCGAGGCCAGCGACAGUGACGAGAGCUCCUCCAGCUCCUCCUCCUCAGGCUCCUCCACGAGCUCCUCCUCGUCGUCGUCCUCCUCCUCCUCCAGCUCUUCCAGCAGCAGCAGCAGCAGCACGGAGAGCAGCUCCGAGGACGAGCCUCCAAAGAAGAGGAAGAAGAAGUAGGCUGAGGCGCUGGGGACAGGGCUGCGUCCGCAGGGCGGGGCCAGGCCGCUGAGCAGUCAGGAUGCAGCGUUCACAAGUUCCUAAAUGUUUUACAAGAGCCUAAAGAGUGUUCCUAACGGAUCAUAUAUAUAUAAAGACUUCUUUUUUUUAUGUUAAGGGUGAAUCUUGUUGUUUUUUGUACCUUUAGAAUAUCAAAGCUGAAAUUCAGUAAGUCUGCUUUUAUGAUGAGAUUUAUUUUUUUCCUCCCUGUGAAAUAAAUGCUAUUUGUUAUAUGUUCAUGUAUAUAUUGACGUGUUGUCAGGAGAAUAUACCAGAAUAUCA